CCUCGUUACACACACCCGCAUACGCAAGUAUGGCCGAGCAAGCCGAAGUACCAAUGGCGGUGUUCGACGGCGAGCGGACGGCGCCGGAGAUCAUCACCACCACCGAUGAUAAUCACGAAGAAUCAUCCGACGAACGCGUGGUGAAGCAGGUGGAUCUAACGGUGCCAAAAACCGACGACCCCACAAUGCCGGUGUUGACGUUCAGAAUGUGGGUCCUGGGUUUGGCCUCCUGCGUUCUUCUCUCGUUCGUGAACCAGUUCUUUUGGUACAGAACCCAGCCGCUGAUAAUCUCCUCCAUCUCGGCCCAGAUCGCGGUGGUCCCACUUGGCCAUCUGAUGGCCAAAUCUCUUCCCACAAGGCUCUUCCUUCAAGGCACGCCCUUUGAGUUUACGAUGAAUCCUGGGCCGUUUAAUAUCAAAGAACAUGUUUUGAUCACCAUAUUUGCGAAUUCUGGGGCUGGGACUGUUUACGCCACGCAUAUUUUGACGGCGGUUAAGCUCUUGUACAAGAGGAAGCUCACUUUCUUGCCUGCCUUUAUUGUUAUGCUCACCACUCAGGUAUUGGGGUUCGGUUGGGCUGGAAUUUUCAGAAAAUAUCUUGUUGAGCCCCCAGAGAUGUGGUGGCCCUCUAACCUUGUUCAAGUCUCAUUAUUCAGAGCUCUUCAUGAGAAGGAGAAAAGAGUUAAAGGUGUCACAAGCCGUACACAAUAUUUCAUGAUAGUCUUGAUUUGCAGCUUUGCUUACUACAUUCUUCCUGGAUAUUUCUUCUUGUUGUUGACAUCCAUCUCUUGGGUCUGUUGGGUUGCUCCCAAGACAAUCACGUGGCAACAAAUAGGUUCCGGGAUGCAAGGUCUCGGACUUUUUUCUUUUGGGAUUGAUUGGUCGACGAUUUCAUCUUACCUCGGUAGCCCUCUGGCUAGUCCAUGGUUUGCUACCGCAAAUGUAGCCAUUGGAUUUCUCCUCAUAAUGUAUGUCAUGACCCCCAUCACUUAUUGGUACAAUGUCUACAAUGCCAAGACCUUCCCGAUAUUCUCUAGCGGCCUUUUCACCUCCAACGGUUCUGACUACGACAUCCUGAACAUUAUUGAUCCUAAGUUCCAUCUUGACCGGAGUACUUACGCGAAGGUCGGGCCUAUAAACUUGAGCACCUUCUUUGCAAUGACAUAUGGUCUUGGAUUUGCCACACUCUCCGCUACACUUGUGCAUGUUCUAUUUUUCAACGGAAGGGACUUGUGGAGGCAAACCACGAGGGCCUUUCGAGGCGGUAACAAAUUGGAUAUACACGCAAAGCUUAUGAAGAAGUACAAGUCAGUGCCUGCUUGGUGGUUUAUUGUCAUUCUUGUUGUGAAUAUUGGUCUCAUCAUCUUUGCCUGCGAAUACUACAAUGAAUCACUCCAAUUACCUUGGUGGGGAGUACUGCUUGCCUGUGGCAUUGCAAUUGUGUUCACUCUUCCAAUUGGGAUCAUCCAAGCCACAACAAACCAGCAACCGGGUUUGAAUGUGAUCACCGAAUACAUAAUCGGGUACAUCUACCCGGAACGCCCAGUUGCUAACAUGUGCUUCAAGGUGUAUGGUUACAUAAGCAUGGCUCAAGCUCUAAGCUUUGUAGCAGAUUUCAAGCUUGGUCACUACAUGAAGAUUCCGCCAAGGGCAAUGUUCAUGGCACAGGUUGUGGGAACUCUUGUUUCAGUGAUGAUAUAUACUCUAACUGCAUGGUGGCUGAUGGAGGAGAUCCCUCACCUAUGUGACACCUCCAUGCUGCCACAUGACAGCCCUUGGACUUGUCCAAUGGAUCGAGUUUUUUACGACGCGUCGGUCAUCUGGGGACUCGUUGGGCCCCGCAGGAUCUUCGGAGACCUUGGUGAGUAUGGCUUGGUGAACUGGUUCUUCCUUGCUGGUGCCAUUGCCCCUAUCCUUGUCUGGAUGGCGCACAAGGCCUUUCCACAACAAAAGUGGAUUCGCCUCAUCCACAUGCCCAUCCUCUUAGGCUCCACAUCAAUGAUGCCACCAGCUACCGCAGUGAACUUUACAAGUUGGAUUGCGGUCGGAUUCUUCUCCGGGUAUUACAUGUACCGGUACCACCCAAACUGGUGGAAGCGCAACAACUAUGUCCUAUCCGGGGGUCUGGACGCCGGAACUGCUUUCAUGACAAUACUGAUAUUCCUUGCUCUUGGAGCUCAAAACAUUGGUCUUAACUGGUGGGGAAACAAUCCGGAGAGCUGUCCUUUGGCUGCUUGUCCAACUGCACCGGGGAUCAUUGUGGAUGGCUGUCCAGUUUUCUAAUUCAUAUGUUUUCUUGCGUUUAGUUUUUAGGCUGUUCUACACUAGGAUAUUUCUUUUUCUUUUUCUUCUCUCUGUAAAUAGCCUAUUACGCUUUAGUUUAAUAUUCAAAAACUGCAUGCACGACCAAAAACUUAUGAGCAAUGUGGUUAUAGAUUUAAUUGAGCAUUUUCUAGAAAUUGUUCUUUUCAAUCUUCUUUAUUACGUGAUCAUGCUUUAUACAGUUUUCCAUUGUUAUCUGCUACUGCUAUUGAGAACUCCUUGUAAUUUACAAUAAUAUAAUAAU